AUGGGAAAGACGUUGCCAACCAUUUCCUUUCUCAAAGCGUUCCUGAUCGGAUGGCCUAAACUGUUAAACCCCACUUUUAAGAAAAGGGACAGGAUCCAGUCUGGUUCUUCUUCCCAGCGAAGCUGGAGUAUCAAGUUUGGUAUGGCAACUAGGAAGACCAGACACAUGAUCAAGUAUGCGAGUCAGCAGUCUUGGAUCGGUAUAUUCAAGCACCCUUUCCUCGACCUUAUUCAUAUCCACUUCUGGGAAACAUAUUACACAACCAAGGGUGUGGUGUGGCGUUCUCAAUAUCAAUCAUUGUUUUCCAAGUAUUCGCCGUGUUGCCUAUCCACUUAG